UAUUGACCGUUCGCUUCUCAACCAGUUAUCCGUCUUUGGAACCAGAAUCAUCGAUAUCUAACCAUGCCUGACCCAGUGAAAGCACCGAAGAAGGGCUCCAAGAAAGCCGUCUCCAAGUCCGUGUCUAAGACCGGCAAGAAGAAGAGGAAGACCAGGAAGGAGAGCUACGCCAUCUACGUGUACAAGGUGCUGAAGCAGGUCCACCCCGACACCGGCAUCUCCUCCAAGGCCAUGAGCAUCAUGAACUCCUUCGUCAGCGACAUCUUCGAGCGCAUCGCCGGAGAGUCUUCCCGCCUGGCUCAGUACAACAAGCGCUCCACCAUCACCUCCAGGGAGAUCCAGACCGCCGUCCGCCUCCUGCUGCCCGGGGAGCUGGCCAAACACGCCGUGUCUGAGGGCACCAAGGCCGUCACCAAGUACACCAGCUCCAAGUAACCAGGUCCAAGUAACCGGCUCCGAGGAACCGGCUCCGAGGAACCGGCUCCGAGGAACCGGCUCCGAGUAACAGCUGCUGGUUCCGACUACAUAAAGGCCCUUUUCAGGGCCACACACUCAUUCAACUAAGAACAAUUCCUCCGAGUUAUUACAAACUAAUCCAUUUGUUUUGUGAUAAAUAUUCUAAAAACUCGAUUUCAGUGAUUUAGAUCCACAUAGUGUCACUGUUGCCCCAGGUGUGUUAUAGAGAAGCUCCAGGUCUCUAAAUGUUUUUACCUUAUUUGUAGAUGAUUUCCUCCAUUAAAUUUAAUAAGCCACUAGUA